AUGGCAUUGAGUGGUGGAGGUGGUGUUCCUCGUGGUGGUAGUGGGGUUGUCGUUCUUGUUGUCGGCAGCUUUGCACAGUGCGACAAAGCUUGUUGUCGGUUAGGCAGUUUGCUGUUGGCAGGAUAUAUAACAGGUGUUUGUUAUUUUCUGAUGAAGCGCAGAUCUCUGAAAGCUCAGGAUUUGGCGGGAACACUCCCACCAGAGUUGGCGAGGCUUCCCUAUCUACAAAUAAUUAUCUAUAACCACGACUCAUUUUUCUUUGUUCUUUUCUUCUUUAGUGACCUCUCCCGCAACUAUCUGAGUGGUGCCAUCCCUCGAAAAUGGGGCUCCCUGCCGCUAGUUAACAUUUCCCUUGCUGGAAACCGUUUAACAGGUUCUAUCCCCAUUGAGAUCGGAAAUAUUAGCACCCUGCAAAGUUUGGAGAUCACUUCCAAUAAUUUUUCAGGACUUCCUCUGGAGCUUGGGAAUUUAACUAGCACAGACAGAAUGCUUCUUUCCUCAAAUAAUUUUACUGGGAAGUUGCCUGAAACAUUUGCAAGGCUUACCACACUAACGGACUUUCGGGUUUAUGACAGUAACUUUUCUGGGAAGAUACCUGAUUUCAUUCAGAAAUGGAAAAAUCUUACGAAACUAGUAAUUCAGGCUAGUGGUUUGACUGGGCCAAUUCCAUCCAACAUCUCUGUUUUGAAGGAAUUAACUGACUCUGUUAGUAUAGCAUUUGAGAGAAUUACUGACUUGGAUGGACCUGAAGCAACUUUUCCUCCACUUGAUAAUAUGACAAAACUGAAAACACUGAUGUUGAGGAAUUGCAAUCUUAUUGGAGAGCUACCUACGUAUCUUGCGAAUCUGACAGAGUUGGACAUGUAA